AUGGCUGUGCAACCUCCCAAGGCCCCGCCCGGUUCCGGUUCAUCAACGAGAAUCGCUUCGAAGAAGCGCGGAAAUACAUCUAGCGACUGCGAGGACACUGAACUGUACUCCGCAUCUGCUAACGAGUCAUCGCAAGACGGCUUUGAACCUGUCUUGCACCGUAAAGCCAAGCGAAGGAUCGUCAAUGCCUCUUCGGUGUCAAAUCAGAACCUAAUCGCCGUGGAAGUUGAUGCCCUACCUGUCACUGCCCUGAUCGAUACCGGCGCACACAGCUCGGUCAUGAAUGCUGAUAUCCGGAAGCGGCUAAAGAAAGUGCUCACUCCUGCCGAGUCCCGCGUCGUACGAGUCGCAGAUGGGGGAACUCCUGCUGUGCUGGGAAUAAAGAGAGAGAGAGAGAGCGCGUUAUUGAUUGCUUAUCACUGUUCCCUACUAAACCCGUGGCUAUGCCUCUGGGCGCGUCUUCCCUGGCGCAGGUGUGACAGCCUCAAGCCCUGCGCCCGGUGUCGCGUGGCACACUACUGCAACAAGCUGUGCGAGGCGUCAGCCCUGUCCGAGCAUCUGCCUGAAUGCUGCUACUUCGAGGAAGUGUUCCCCUACAUUCCAGACGUCACAGUGCGGCUCCUCACUCGUAUCACCCAUAAACUGCAGAAAGAACGGAUGAAGGACUGCAAGGAAAUGGUGCAGGGACACAUGCGGACCCUCGAAGAGAUGGAGUCGCACUCGAAUGACAUCAUGAACGACGCGGUGAUGCUGCCAAAGUUCCAUGCCAGCUGGGCCACAGUCAAGUACAUUUUAGGGGAAGAAAACGUUCCGCCUUUGCUCGACGGGUUAGAAAUAUUCGGCAAGAUGGUAAUCAACAGGUUCUGCAUAACGGACAACGACUUAAAGCCCGUUGGUCAAGGCCUGUACAUCGGGGCAUCCAUAUUCGACCAUUCUUGCGAUCCGGACGCGGCCUACGUGUUUGAAGGGACACGCCUCACGGUCAGGGCAACCAGGAGCCUCAGCGUAAACAGCGUGCGAGAGAUAUACAUCUGCUACGUGGACAAGCUUCUUCUGAAGGAGGACAGGAUAGCGGCGCUCCAGAGGCAGUACUACUUCACCUGCAACUGUGUCUUCUGCAAGGAGGACGCGAGGGAUCCACUUACCGAAAAGUGGAGCGGCUUGACAGAGUGCGUCCGCAACCUACAGCUGGAGCUGGACAAGGCAGAGAGCAAGGCCGACGUAGAGCGCAUUGCCAGCCGCUGUCGCGAGAUCUUGGAGUACCAGUGCAAAGAGCUGCCCGCCAAUGACGUCGCCAAGGUGGAGACCCUGCUGCUGGGCUUCCAGUGUGGCACCAGAAUGGCCGCGCACGCCGAAGCCAUCGGCUUGGCUCUCCAGGCCAUGGAGAUCAUGAGGAGUUGUUAUGGAAUGUACAGCCCCAUUUAUGGACAUCACCUAGUGAACAUCGGAAAACUGUACAAUGAUUCCGGAGACAAUGCCAGUGCAGAGAACUUCCUACAAAUGGCAAGCUCAAGCAUCUCGAUCAGCCAUGGCACGACCCAUGCGACUUAUCGUGAACUUCAGCAACUCCGGAAGUUGAACCGCAGAGGCAUUCCUGGUGGUUGUAAAUGACUGCCUGCGACAGGACAGCGCUCCGCACAGAUCGACGUGCAUGCACAUUAGCAAAACAAUUUCUUAUUGAGGUAGGUUGAUUAAGGAAAAGGGCGGUAUACGCCACAUGACGUCAGAUCUUAGUGUGAAGACGCAGGCUUCACAUAAAAAUCUCACGUGCGUGGUUUCCACCACGUGUCUACAGCCACUUUGGAAGCCUGGAGGUUCGGUCCCUUUCAAUUUUUUUUUUUUUGUGCUACUGAAAUAAAAGAAGAAGAAAAGGAGAUUUAGACACCUAACAAUGGCGACGGCUGCCUAUUUUCACACAGCCGUAAUAAAAAGAAGUAAUUUAAAAUUAGAAGAAGCUACCCAAGUUCGUCAAGUCAAGCACAAAGGUGGCUAGUUUGGUCUCUCAGUGUUCUGGUGUGCGAUUGUGCGGGGGAGAAGGUGUUUUCGCAAUUCUGCUUUGUGUAACCACGAAAAUAGAACCAAUAAAUUCUGAGAAUACCCGCUGGGGAA